GUUAGGUUAAAACAUACAAGCGGUUCAGUUAGUUAAUUACCAGUCAUUAAGAACUAUCAAUUCGCGCAAGUCUUUUGAAAAAAAUAUAUAAAAAUAAUAUAUAUGAAUGGCCUAGGAAUUUAUUAAUCGGGAUCCCAUUCUUUGAUAAUAUUAACUAUAUUUUGUCGAUCGGCACAUUUUCGGUACCUCAAUAAAGCGAAAUUAACAAUUAUUGUUUAUUGAAUGUCGAAAAUCGAAACUAUCGAGACAAAAAAGAAAAUUUCUGUUCAAUGAAAAUAAUCCAAAACGAGUAAAAAGAGUGUGACGAAUCGUAAGAGCAAAACAAACAGAUCAAACAGAUUGUUCGAUAACAAAAGUUUUUUGCCAGAAAAGAGUUUAAGUGUUACUUGUCGGUUGCAAACGUACAACGCGCAAUUUGAGCACAAAAAUAAAAAAUAAAAAUUCCAAACGGAAAAGUGUCAACUACAAAAAAAUUGGAAGAAAAAUUUAUUUUACAACACCCAUAACUGGAUACGUUUGAAGUGAUAACAGUUAAGAAAAGUUAAUUGAAAAAAAAAACGAAUCAAAACAAUGGCGGAAACGGUGGAGGAAACUUUUGAAUCCGAGGUGACCCGGAAAACAGUGCGCACCAGUUAUAAAAUCGAGGAAACAUCCUCAUCAACAAAAACAACCACAAUGACUACACCAGCCAAACUAUACGGUAAAGAUCUUAGUGAAUAUGACGAAGUUGAUGUAGAUGAACUGUUGGCUCAGCUGUCCGCUGAGGAAAUCAAAAUUUUAGCAAAAGAAGUUGAUCCAGACGACAAUUUUCUUCCGCCCAGCCAGCGUAACAAUUACGAUUGUGAAAAGGACCCAACUGGCCCGCUAAAUCGAAAACAACUAAUCGAUCACAUAAACAAACAGGCGCUGGAAACUCCAGAUGUUCCCGAACUGGAACCGUAUGUUCCGGGUGUAGUUCGAGGCAAAAAAUGGAGUCCACCACCACCGGACGCUAAGCAGCGUGAUGCUGAGGAACAAAUUGCAAUUGACAUGGGUGACGAAUACGAGCGGGCUCUAGAAGAUGCAUCACAGGAAGAAAUUAUCGAUUUGGCAGCUAUUCUUGGCUUCCAUUCAAUGAUGAAUCAAGAUCAAUAUCACGCAUCUUUAUUAAACAAAGGACAACCGGUUGGACUCGGCUGGGAUGGCAUCACGAAAUCACAAGCACAAAAAUUAUAUCCUGCAGAUCCACCAAACAACACAGACAUUGACGAAUCAAUUAAACGAGUUAAAGAAGACGAUCCAAAACUCAUUGAACUGAAUCUAAAUAAUAUUAAAAAUAUCUCCGAUGAAAAAUUCGAUCAAUUAAUAAAUGCACUGCCUGACAAUGAGCAUUUGGAGGUGUUGUCAUUGACAAACGUUGGACUGACAGAUCGAGCAGCGUUGCUUUUAGCCGAAGUUAUUGAAAAGAGUAAAACAUUGAGAGUAUUAAAUGUGGAAACAAAUUUCAUUAGUCCGCCGGUGAUUGUGACUCUGGUGAAAGCCCUGUUGAAGGCAAAGAGUGUGGAGGAAUUUAGAGCUUCAAAUCAGCGAUCGUCUGUGCUGGGCAAUAAAAUCGAAAUGGAAAUAACUGAAUUGGUAGAAAAGAAUACAUCACUGUUGAGGUUAGGCCUACAUUUGGAAUUCAAUGAUGCCCGCCACAGAAUUGCCAACCACCUCCAACGCAAUAUCGAUAGGAUUGUCCGCCUAGAAAAACUUAAACCAAAAUUACCCAAGCUAAAUAUAAUACCGGCCAACGAAGCAUAUGACGAAGAUUACAUUCGUGAAAUGCGUGCCAAUCAACCAACACCAUCCCUAACACCGUCACCGUCUCCAUCCCCGCAACCGGUGGAAUAUAUUGAUCCAGACUUUGAUCCCGACAAUAUGGUCAUCCGUGGUGCGCCCAUUACUGACGACGAAGAUGAUGGCAUUGAAAUGCACCGAAAGGCAUCCCAACUGGAUGACUUUUCCUUCAAAACGCAUUCUACGCCUAUCCCGUCUGAACCAGCGUAAAUAAAGCGGCAUCUAAAAUCCUAAAGAUAAAAACACGGGACGUCAACGUCGCAUGGGACACUUUACGAGAAACUACACCGUUGGUCACUGGUAGACAUUUUUCUUUGUCAUUUUUUUCUUUGUUUAAAAACAAAAUAUUAAUAAAUUUUGACCUUUUUUUUUAAAUCUAUUUGAAAAUAGACACUACUUGAAUCGAAUAUGCAAUUUUAUUUUAAUUUGUUUAACUCAAAUGUUUGCCGACAUUACGUUUUGCUUGAUAAAAAAAAAUCUUUAAAAAAAAUUAACCUCUAAAUUGAUCAAAGAUAUUGAAAAAUUAAAAUCAGAUUUAAUAGAAUUGAGUUUCUAUCAGAAGAAAACAAAAGAUUGUGUGACUUUACGAAAAAGAAUUUUUUUUUUUUUAAUUUAAAACAAAAAUUUAUAAUGCUCACUAUGCUGUCCAGUGUUUGGUUUGAAUAGUAAAAGUUGUUUAUUUAAGGGAUUUUAUUUGCAUCUUCACAUCUUGUUUUUUUUUUAUUAGAAGAAUAUAAGAGUUUCAGCUGGUUUUGAAUGAAAACAGAAAAAAAUUAUUAUGAAUAAUUAAGGAUAGGUCUAAAAAAAUUAUUUAAACAAAAAAAAACUUUUAAUAUUUUAUUUAAACACAAAAAUAAAUAUUUUUUAAUCGAAAAAGAAAUUGAAUUAGUUUUAAUAAUCAAUUAACAAGAAUUAAUUUAAACCAAUACCAACAAUCAAUCACCUUUUUUUUAAAGAAAGGAUAUCACAGUUUUAUUUAGCAAAGAAAUGCAACACAUCUGUUUUGUUGUAAAAAAUUACUCAAUUGGAAACAUCACAUCACAAAAUAUGUUUAACAAAAAAAAAAGUUUGUGAGAAAAUCAAAAUGUCGGUUUGUUUGUUCAAAGAAUAGCAAAAAAAACGAACCGAAUAGCGACAAAACAUACAUAACUUAACAUACAUAACAUACACCAAUGUGAUAUCAACAUACUUUUUUUUUAAAUAAAUAAAUGAAGAAAAAAAAACAAAUUUAACAAACAAUUUAAUUACAAAGUUUGAUUUACGCGGAUUUUAUUUUUUUAUAAACUUUACAUUAAAUCUAAAUGUAAAGGCAAAUAAAGAAAUGGCUUUAAAAAAAAUUGGACACUUUAAACUUUCAAAAAUUUGAUUGGGAUUUUCUUAAAGUAUAUAUGAUGCACGUGAUAUAUUAUAUUAUUGCUUUGAGUUAAACGCAAAAAAAA